CCUUCCACUCAAGCUGCAAUGAGAGUAUGCGCAAGUUUCUCGUCCAGCCCUCCCCUCGCUUGUUUCACAGUCCUCUGCUGGGGCUGGUGCAGUUUAGGGGAUGGGGGGUUAGAGCCUGCGACGUCAACUACCUGUGUGUGGCCCCCGCAUGGACAAGGAUGCGUUUGAUGGAGCAGUUUUAUGCGAGACUCGAAUGCCUUCUCAGCAUUUUAUUGGGCAUUCCGACGUCACGACAUUUUACUGACAACCAUAAAUAAGGCAUUGCAUGUGCCAACUAUAUUCUGUGAGUAUGCCUUUGUGAAGAAGCUCGUCACCCUCGCCGGGAUUCCCCGCAACAUUUUCAACAAGAGACAAGGGAAAAAAAAAAAAAAAAUCUGCAAAAAUGGACAAAGAAAGUAUUGGUACUCAAUACGAGCCUGUGGCUGAGAUUGGAGAGGGUGCGUAUGGGAAAGUGUACAAGGCAAGGGAUUUGAAGAACGGGGGACGCUUUGUAGCCCUAAAAAGAGUUCGUGUCCAGACAGAGGAAGAAGGGAUGCCUCUCUCAACUAUCCGGGAGGUGGCGGUACUGAGGCAACUGGAGGCCUUUGAGCACCCCAAUGUUGUCAGGUUGUUUGACGUUUGCACUGUCUCUCGGACUGAUCGGGAAACCAAGCUAACCCUGGUGUUUGAGCAUGUGGAUCAGGAUCUGACCACAUACCUGGAGAAGGCUCCCGACCCCGGGGUUCCACCUGAGACCAUUAAGGAUAUGAUGUACCAGCUGCUUCAGGGGCUAGACUUCCUGCAUUCACACCGUGUCGUUCACCGCGACCUAAAACCCCAGAACAUUCUCGUGACCAGCGAUGGUCAGAUCAAACUGGCAGACUUUGGGUUAGCCCGCAUCUACAGCUUCCAGAUGGCGCUCACAUCGGUGGUGGUGACGCUGUGGUACAGAGCUCCUGAAGUGCUGCUCCAGUCCAGUUACGCCACACCGGUGGACCUGUGGAGCGUUGGCUGCAUCUUCGCUGAAAUGUUCAGGAGAAGACCUCUUUUUCGAGGAAACUCCGAUGUGGAUCAGCUGGGAAAGAUCUUUGAUGUUGUUGGGGUACCUUCACCUGAAGACUGGCCUGAAGAAGUGGCCUUACCUCAGAGUGCCUUCACACCCCGACCCCCAAAACCAAUAGAAAACCUGGUGCCAGACAUGGAUGGGGAAGGACGAGCCCUGUUAAUGCAAUUUCUCACCUUCAACCCCUCCAGGAGAAUAUCGGCCUUCGCUGCGUUGAGUCACCCCUACUUUCAAAGUGUGGACAGUCACAGCAGGAGCCUGUAUGCUACACAUUCAAUCCCCAGCAUCAAGCCCUCUAUUGAGGAGAGGACUGCCUGAUGGUCCUCCCUACAGUUACCCCCAAACAGUGUCUAUGACAAGUAUUUCUUGUACCCACCUUGUUUUAUUGGGUUUAUAACAACUAAAACCACACAAAUUAAGCAUUUUGACACUGAUCAGCAGAAAUCAAAUGAGUCUAUAACUCUAAAAUGCCUCUUGAUGUUGGCCCGUUAGGCUAACAGACUAUAUCUCUUUGCAGCACUUUCAUACUGCAGUAUGCAUGAGUUAGUACACAAAAACUGUGAUAUUAAUACUUUAUUUUUUUAUCUCCAAACAAAACAGCUAACAUUGACCGGUUUAAAAGCUCACUUGUUAUAGCCAUUAAUUUAGAUUUCACGUGUCUGAUGAUUCUCACAGCCAACAGGGUUGACUUCAGUCUUAAGAUUCAUGAUCAGACAUUGCUUAGGGGGAUUUCAUGCUGGUUUGUGGGAUCUAAAAAUAAAAAAAAAGUAAUAAAUUACUGAGGAAAAACCUACAUCUUUCCUGCACAUUUUAAAUGGGAAAACAAACAAAAAAAUGCAUCGGAUCUUUAACCUAACCUAGCUUUGUUGAUGGACCCUUUCAUUAUAUUUUACCAGCCAGUCUUUGGUAGGAGUGUACCAGCAUCCUGACCUGGCAGUACCUGCCUGUUCUACUUUUAAAAAGUUCCAAAUCCUUCAAAGCUGCGAAGGCAUCUUUUGGUCACAGCCUUCAUUGAUUAUUCCUUUAAGGACUGUUUGACGAUCAUCACAAAACAUUUCAUUUCCUGUCAGACAAGUCAAUCUUUUGUAGAUGUGAAUGUAUCCUUGGACUUACUGUGAUGCCUAGAGACAAAACCCUCAUCAUCAGCUUCUAGGUCAAUUUAUACCAGUUUUCAACUAAAACACAUCCAGUUUUAGUAAAGUUCCUUCAUAUUUACCUACAUUAAUAGUGACUGUUUUCACUUUACAACAUAAUAGCACACGUCCUUUAGACCUUUCUUUUUACUUAGACUUCUUUUCAGUUAGAUUCAUUCACUAUGCUGUAACUUCUCCUCAAUAUAAGGCUUUAACAAAGAAUAUUAAUAAAAAUUAAACCUGGAAACCUAAACUUCCUUACAUUUAAUGUUGCUGGGGAAAAUUCUCAGUCAUUCCAAAAAAAAGUAAAAAAAAAAACAAAAAAAACAGUGCACUGGACUUUGUUUCCAAGUUUGAAAAUUUAAUGUUCGAUCUGAAUCAAACCAAACCAAAUCUUAAAACUGAAUUAAAAAACUUAAUUUAGGGCCGUUCACAUUUAUGAUGCAAGAUUAUUGCAGCUUUUUUACUUUUUAAUUCUCUGUUAAAUGGUUUUUUGAAUUGUAAAGAUUAAUAUCCUGCUUGAUUGCAAAACAUUAUUUAUUAGGGGCUUUGAAAGAAACUGUUUUCUUGUGAUUUCAGUGUCAAAAAGCUUAAUUGGUUGUAGUUUGAUGUAGUAUAUAAACUUAAAAUAUACUGAAAUGAUGGGAGGGAAAUACUUUUUAUGAUCACGUACAACACUCCUGAAAGUACUCAAAAAAAAAAAAACAAGAUGGUGAAAAGGGAGAUUGUGCCCUUGAACCAUGCACAAAAGCUGCCAUCCCAAGAACCAGUGGAUCACAAUUGCUGCUUAUAGGAUGUGAAUUGUUGCCUAAUGCAAACAUAGGCCUGCAUCAUAGAUGGACUUCUAGAUUAGUGGACGGACAAAUUAUGGAGGCUGAAGCUUUGUCAUGACCAGUGUUUAGACUUUUUUAGACUCCCCCCCCUGUUUUGAGGAGCAGACAGGGUCUGAAUUGGACAGCGUGGAUCUCACCUGCUUUUAUGCUCACUGUGGAAAUGUGUGGAGGGACGAACAACAGGAGCACUCUUACAAAUACUCAACCCAAGCAUGCUUAAGUACCUAUAAAGUCACAAGGAAUCACAAGCCAGCCUCUCACUGCCAUGUUUCCUUUUUGUUCUGUUAACUAUAAGAUCGCUGCCAUCGUGUGGAUAUCUAAAGUAUCUGCAGCAAAACCAGUAGCGGGAUUCUAAUGGUUGCUGCAGUCUUCAAGAACUCAAUGGGCUGAUCAUAAUGGUGCUGAGACAAUGAAAACUGUUCCUGCCUCUUACGCUAAGACUGUUUUUCAUUUUUGAAAAUAAUUUUUUCUGCCAUUGUGGGAUUUUCUCAUUGUAAAAUUCACUUAAUUACUAUCUACAUCAAUGCAUAAGGCACAGGCUUGACCUCUGUGGCUGAAGUCCCACCAGCACUAUUCAUCAUGAAAACAUUUGGCAAAGUGUUAUCAAAAAUAUUUUGUAUUUAAUUUAAAUUUUGUUGACAAGUCUUAUAUGCUUUUUACUGGAUUUUGUUUUUCUUAAUACGCUGGGCAUAUGAUAUUCUUACACCAAGUGCACCAAUUCUGCACAUGAUUAGAGUUUGUACGUCUAAGGAAUGUGUAAAAGCUAGGUAUUGGUACUGUACAGUGUAUUCAGCUAGGUGCAGCAACAGAAACUGUUGAUAAAGUACAUAGAUAUGUCAUAAAGUGGCUAGAUGUAGAGUAGGUGAAGGUCAGUGGAAAGUAGUGUGAUGAGAACAUUUUACUUCUUGAAAUGUUGGAUGGAUUUCCUUUACUUUGGACUGAUGAUGGCAACGAAUUUAACAGUAGUUUGAUGAAAUGAUACACAUUUUUAUUUACAGUUUUUUUGCUUUUCACGUAAUUGUGCCGUUUUAUUGUUGUUCCGUUUGUUUUUUUGUUUUUAUUUUUUGUAAAUGAGUAAGAAAAAGGCAACUUACGCAGAGCUGUAUUUUUGUAUUUGAACAGUAACAAUUUAACACUGGUCGGUUUGUUUUUAACAGGUAGUGCUACUAGCACACACACACAGACACACACUCAUUUUUCAACUCUCUCAGGUUUUUUUCUGGAUGUCCAAACCUUUUGGACACAGUUUGCACAACUCCUGGCUUACUACGUGACCACAAAACGACUUCUUCAGGUUUCCUAUCAAGCUGUCUCAUAAUGGUGUCUUUGACUAUAGUCUACUGUCAAUACUAUUUAUCAGUUAUAUUACUGUAGCCAUUUAUGUUUGGAAGAUGUUGUUUAGUUAAUGAAUAAUAGAUCUGCUUAACUAAACACUGUGCAUUUUCUAUAUGAUUGCAAGUUUUCUGGUAUAAGUGCUCCAUAACAAAGCUGCAUAAUUAUAAAGUUAUAAUGACUUUAGAAAUAGUGUUUUAUAAUUGAACUAAUUAUAUUUUCAAAGACUUACAAUCUUGUAAUUCAUUUCAAUCUAAUGUCAGUUGUUUUUUGUUUGUUUUUUAAGGAGCUUUACAGUUUAAGAAUUAUUAAAUUAAGGAUGGAAUAUUGACAGAUUGACAAAAUGUAUGUAUGGAAGCAUUGGUUGGAUAAUAUUGUCUUGCACCAGCUGAAUAAAAUGCAGGA